AUGAUUGUUGCUCGACCUCACAACUUCUACACGCUUGCAGAGGGCAAGCCUCUUCCCAGCAAUGACAGCAGUGUCCAGGUCCGAAUCAAGCAGGGCGGUGGCCUGGUUCUCCUUCAGGAUACUCAACUGAUCGAGACGCUGGCACAUUUCUUCAGGGAGAGAAUCCCGGAAAGAGUGGUCCAUGCUAAGGCGAUUGGUGCUCGCGGAUAUUUCCAGGUCACGCACGACAUCUCCGACCUCACCGACGCUGACUUCCUCAAUGGCAUUGGGAAGAAGACGGAGGUUCUGGCUCGAAUCUCGACUGUCGGCCCUGAAGCCGGGUCCGCCGACACGAUCCGUGACUUCCACGGCUUCGCCAUCAAAUUCAAGACGGCCGAAGGCAACAAUGACUGGGUCUUUAACAACCAGCCCGUAUUCUUUGUCCGCGACCCUAUCAAGUUUCCGUCCCUGAAUCGGUCACACAAGAGACAUCCCGCCACACAUUCUACCGAUGCUGAUAUGUUCUGGGACUUCCACGUUGGGUCUCCUGAAUCCGUCCAUGCUCUGAUGUUCCUGUUCAGCGAGCGAGGGACUCCCGCAUCUCUGCGAAACAUCAACGCGUACAGCGGACAUACCUACAAGUUCACCAAGAAGGACGGUUCGUUCCAUUAUGUGAGGAUCCACGUCCACGCCGAUGCAGGAGUCAAGAACUUGACGAACGACGAAGCAGUUAGGCUCGCCGGCACAAGCCCAGACCAUCUGACACUUGACAUGUUCAACGCGAUCGAGGAGGGCAACUACCCGUCCUACACGGUGUCGGUUCAAACGAUACAUCCGGCCGACGUCGCACUAUGUCCAGUCAACAUGUUCGAUAUGACGAAAGUCUUGCCUCACGCGCGAUAUCCUCUGCGACCCGUCGGCAAGCUGGUGUUCAACAGAAACCCCAUCAACUACUUCUCGGAGAUCGAGCAAGCCGCCUUCUCGCCGUCGACCAUGGUCCCCGGCAUCGAACCCAGUGCCGACCCUAUGCUCCAAGCUCGGAUGUUCGCGUAUCCCGAUGCAGCACGCUACCGACUCGGCGUCAACUACCAAAUGCUGCCGACCAAUGCUGCCAAAGUGCCGGUCUACAUCCCUACCGAGCGCGACGGCUUCAUGAACUUCGGCGCCAACUAUGGCGCGGAUCCGAACUAUGUCAACAGCUCCGUUCACCCUACAGGCUUCCACGACGCCGCCCGAUGGGGGUAUAAGCCGACUGAGGAGGUGCUGAGUGGAUCUGUCGUCUUCACUUCGGAAAUCACCGACGAAGACUUCACGCAACCUCGUGCGUUGUGGACUAAUGUCUUAUCCAAGGAAGAGCAGGAGACCUUUGUCAAAAACAUCUCAGGCGACAUUGCUGCUGUCAAGAGGGAUUGGCUGCGAGAGAAGGUCUUUGAUCUCUUCCGCCGUGUCAAUGGAUCAUUGGGUGAUCGGAUCGAGGAGGCGGUCAACAAGAUCGUCAAGGUGUAG